CGUUGUUGUGGGGAUAAGAUGGAGGAGAAUGAUGUAAGCUGCCUUGAGCCCUUUGUAGGAAAAAGGCAGGAUGUAAAUCGCAAUAUAAAUAUAAAAUAAAUAAAAAGAAGUGGGAUUCUGAGCAGAAGACAUCCCUGCCUGGGUCUCUUAUAAAUUUCAUUGAGGAAGUGAGACAAGCUAGAAUGGAAGCAGCCAGAUGUUGUUGUCUGUACUCCCCCCCCCGCCCACAAAUGGAAAAGACGGAGGUAGUUUGGGGGUGGGGAGUUGCCUUGUGACUAGUAACUCUUACUGGCUGCCGCUUCAGUUCCACGAAGAGCCAUUAAAUCCUUUGCCCCAGCUCUUGAAAAUAGUUUCCUCUGCUGGAGCACGCAGUUCUGAAACUCUGGGUUUAUUCAGGGAUGUCAGUGUUUACUUGAGGGUGCACUGAGAUUUUUCCAUGUCUCUUUCAACGCUGCUUGGUGUCGCAGGACGUGUUGGGCUUUUGUGGGGCAGAAAGGCACAUUCCCCCAACCAUGUGUGUACUGGCGAGAGGAAGCCAGUUUUCUACACUGAGCUGUUCAUAAGGAAUGACAGCAUGACAAGGUGGAGCUUGUUCAUCUUUCAUCUUCUUCAGCAGUCGAUGACCUGCCUCUGGAUUAGUAAUUCCACAGAGAUUCCUCUUCCUGCCAGGGAGCGGCCAGAGCGGGCCCUGCAGAGCUCGUGGGUUCCUGUGGGGGGACCCCCAGAGAGUGCGGCGGUUGCUGCUGGCGCUUGGCAGCAUGGACGCAAGGCCUGACGGGAUGAAGCGAGGGAUCCACUGGGGGUCCGCUGUUCGGGAUGAUGAAGGCAGAGAGCUUUUGUUAAGAAAGCACGAAGGCCCUUGCGUGUGCGUACUGCACCUCUUUAUCAGGAGGGAAAACGGGAGUCAUCCAGAGCAGCUUCGCUCCCUUUCUGACCGUGUUCGAUGCAAACAAAGGUAAUUUUGGCUAGGUGGAGCCACGUGGAACGCCGCAUCUGCCGAGCGUUUGUCCUCUGAAUGGCAACUGGAAAUCUGCACUGGGGACUCAACCAUUUUCUGAAGCGCCCACAUCCAGGACUUCUGCUUAAAAUGCCCAGAUGACCUAUUCCGAGGCUUAGUAGAACCAGGGAGAAAUGAGCGGCCUCUUGUGUGCACUGACCUUGUAUCCUCUGUUCUUCCAGGUGUUCAUGGCUGCCUGUGUAUGGUUUCCCUUCCAGUGUGGAAAAUGCCACAUCGCUGAAAGGAAAAGCAUGGCUGGCUAGGGGAUGCUGGGAGUUGUAGAUGGGAGUUGCAACUCAACACCUCUGGGGGACAACAUCAUGGCGCGUCCCUGCCGCCGCCGCUCCCGCUCCGCCGCGGGCUCCACGCUGCGCGCUCUCCGGGCGGAUCAGUGAGAGGAUGUAUUUGGUCAGCAAGGGAAUCGCCACGGGCUGGUCCAGGGGCACCGGAGAGCGGCUCUCCCCGUCCCAGGCGUGCGUUGGCUAAUAGCGCCGGAGGGGCAGGACCGUCCUCUCGCGCGGCUGGUGUUACCCAAGACGUGCUCAAAUCAGAUCAAGUCAUUUCUGCACAAUUUGGGCAAAACAUCCCUCGAGUUUGCUCCCUUUCCUUUCCGAGAAGCCUUGCCCCUGCUCCAGCAGCGGUGGAAGUCCCCACCUUUUCCCUGCCACGCCUCCCUGCUCCUCAAGGAGGAGCCCAUGUCCCAGAGCCAGUCAUGAGCGCUGCUUGUGAGCCUGUGCAGAACCAUUUUGAGGGGGCAGGCGGCGUCGGCAGCGGCAGUUCUGGAGCGCCCCGAAGAGGCAGAGCCCAGCGGGGGGGCGAUGCCCAGGGCCAGGCCAACGACGACAUGGACGUCAACAGCAAUGGCUCCAGCGGGAACGAGUCGCACGGCGAUUCCCACAGCAGCUCGCACAGCAGUGGGAACGGCAAGGACUCUGCCCUUCUGGAAACGACCGAAAGCAACAAGAGCUCCAACUCCCAAAGCCCCUCUCCUCCCAGCAGCUCCAUUGCCUACAGCCUUCUCAGCGCAAGCUCGGAGCAAGACAACCCCUCCACCAGUGGCUGCAGCAGCGAGCAGUCUGCACGCGUGAAGACCCAAAAAGAACUGAUGAAGGCGCUGAAGGAGAUGAAGAUCCGGUUGCCUUCGGAGAAGCGCGGCAAAGGGAAGUCGGGGACUCUGGCCACGCUGCAGUACGCACUGUCCUGCGUGAAACAGGUCCAAGCCAGCCAAGAUUACUACCAGCAGUGGACCAUCGACGAACGCCAGCCCUGCAAUCUGGACAUGCCCACGUGCACCAUCGAGGAGCUGGAAAACAUCACUGCAGAGUACAUCCUCAAAAACCCUGACACGUUCUCUGUGGCCAUCUCAUUCAUCACGGGGAAAAUCGCCUACAUCUCGGACCAGGCCGCGUUCAUCCUGCGCUGCAAGAAGGAAGUCUUCAAGGGAGCCAAGUUUGCAGAGUUCCUGGCCCCACAAGACGUCAGCAUCUUCUAUGGGUCCACAGCACCGUAUCACUUGCCCUCCUGGAGCGCCUGCGCCUCUGCCACAGCUGCUAUGGAUUACACCCAAGAGAAAUCUGUCUUCUGUCGUAUCAGCGGAGGCCACGAGAGCGGGCGGGAGCUGCGCUAUUACCCCUUCCGGCUCACCCCAUACCUGGCCAAAGUGCGCGACUCGGGCAGCGCCGAAGGACAGCCCUGCUGCCUGCUCAUCGCCGAGCGCAUCCACUCAGGCUACGAAGCUCCCAGGAUCCCCCCUGACAAGAGAAUCUUCACCACCAGACACACUCCCAGUUGCUUGUUCCAGGAUGUGGAUGAGCGAGCGGCCCCACUGCUGGGCUACCUUCCCCAGGACCUGGUCGGGAUGCCUGUCCUUUUCUACCUGCACCCAGAGGACCGGCCUCUUAUGCUGGCCAUUCAUAAGAAGAUUCUGCAGUAUGCUGGCCAGCCCUUCGACCACUCCCCCAUCCGCUUCUGUGCCCGCAACGGGGAAUACGUCACCAUUGACACCAGCUGGUCCAGCUUCGUUAACCCCUGGAGCCGCAAAGUCUCCUUCAUCAUGGGCAGACACAAAGUGCGGACGGGCCCCCUCAACGAGGACGUCUUCACGGCCCCCAAAACACCGCAGGUGAAGCCCGCGGAGCUGGACUUCCAGGGGCUCUCCGAGCAGAUCCACCGGCUCCUGCUGCAGCCGGUGCACAGCAGCGGGUCCAUGGGCCUCUGCAGCCUGGGCAGCAACGCCUCCCAUGAGCAGUUCCUGAGCGUCGCCUCGUCCAGCGACAGCAACGGCAUCCCCAACGAGGAGGCGCAAGCUGCUCGGCCGAUGACUUUCCAGGAGAUCUGCAAGGACGUGCACAUGGUGAAGAACCAGGGCCAGCAGGUCUUCAUCGAGUCCCGCGUCAGGCCCCAGCCCGCGAAGCACUCCCAGCCAGCUCUGGAAGCACCAGCCAGAGGCAGCCUGCAGCCUGCGCUGACCCAGAGGGAGCUGGACCGGGAGCCGGGGAAGGCAGCCGCUUCCGAGGAGUCGCUGAGGAAGGACCCCUCCAACUACUCCUACCAGCAGAUCAACUGCUUGGACGGCAUCAUAAGGUAUCUGGAGAGCUACAGCAUCCCAAGCCGCGUGAAGCGGAAGUGUGGCUCCUCUUCGUACACCACGUCCUCAAAUUCGGACGACGACAAGCAGAAAGUGGGCGAAGAGGUGGCUUGCCCAAGUAAAGAUGCACUGGAGGAAAUGCUGCCGACCCCGGAGAGCCAGCCUAAGAGGGACGAGCGUGGGACGGCGGCAGCUGCCGUGGUGGGCGGCCCGCUCACUCCACUGGCCUUGCCUAGCAAAGCCGAGAGCGUGGCCUCCGUGACCAGUCAGUGUAGCUUCAGCAGCACCAUCGUCCACGUGGGAGACAAGAAGCCCCCCGAGUCGGAUAUCGUGAUGAUGGAAGAGGCGGCGCCCAGUGCGACCCCCCCGGCCCCCCCUCCCCCCAGCAUGACCCCGGACCGGGAGCAGCAGUACCGCAAGGUGGGGCUGACGAAAGAGGUGCUCUCCGUCCACACCCAGCAGGAGGAGCAGGCGUUCCUCACCCGCUUCAAGGACCUCAGCCGGCUGCACGUCUUCGACGCGCCGCCGGGGCGGAGCUGGCAGGAGCCGCCCCACGCCGGGCCCCAGGCCGAGCGAGGACACAGAGGCCCACGUCAGGGCACCCGAGGUCCAGGAUGCCGCGGGCGGAGCAGGAAGUCGAAGGCCAAGCGCAUCAAGCAGCAGAACAAGCUGUCGGACAGCACCAGCUCCCCGCCCCACUCGGCCUCCCCGCCCCAGCUCCUGUGCGCGCCGGGAUCGUCCUCGUGGCCUCCUUCAGGCAACUCCCAGGCCAGCCUGCCCGCCAUGCCUUACCCGGCCGUCAUGCCGACCUACCCCAUCCCGGUCUUCCCUCCGCGAUCCGCCGUGCCGCCGGCCGCCGAGCCCGCCCCGAGCACGCUGCCCGCCCCGCAGUUCCCCACGCCUCUCGUCGCCCCCAUGGUGGCGCUUGUGCUGCCCAACUACGUGUUCCCGCAGAUGAACAGCCCGCUGCCCCCGUCCUACUUCCCCGGCGGGCCGGUCUUCCCCUUCGGCCCUCAGCCGGGGGGCGCGCCGACCCCGGGGCCCGAGGCGGGCCCCCAGGCGCUGUCCCGGCCCUCCACCCCGCACUCGAUGAGCCAGCCCGAGCGGGCCGAGUCGCCGCUGUUCGAGUCGCGCUGCAGCUCCCCGCUCCAGCUCAACCUGCUGCAGAUGGAAGAGAUGCCCAAGCCUUGUGACCGCCCGGAAGGAGUGGCCGGCAACCCGGCCGGGCCGGCGGGGGCCACCCCGGACUGGGCUGGCGUGAGUGGUGGCCCGGGCCUGGCCGGCGAGCUCGGUGCCCAGGAGGAGCCGUGCCUGGCGGAAGCGCACGGCUCCUCCAACAACGACGCUCUGUCCAGCUCCAGUGACCUGCUGGACCUGCUGCUGCAGGAAGACUCGCGCUCUGGCACGGGGUCGGCUGCCUCCGGCAGUGGCUCGGCCGCCUCCGGCUUCCUGGGCUCCGGCUCUAAUGGCGAUAGCACCUCGGCCAGCGGCACCGCAAGCAGCAAGAGCAGCAACACCAGCAAAUACUUCGGCAGCAUCGACUCCUCGGAGAACGAUCUGCGCGGCAAGAAGCGCUCGGAGGUGGAGGACAACGAGCACUUCAUUAAGUACGUCCUUCAGGACCCCAUCUGGCUGCUGAUGGCCAACACGGACGACAAGGUCAUGAUGACCUACCAGCUCCCGGCCAGGGACACAGAGGCGGUGCUGCGGGAGGACCGGGAAAAGCUGAAGCAGAUGCAGAAGCGGCAGCCGCGCUUCACGGACGAGCAGAAGAAGGAGCUGGCCGAGGUGCACUCGUGGGUCCAGAAGGGGGCCCUGCCCAAAGCGAUCAACAUCACGGCGUGUGUGGACUGCGGAAGCAACCCCACCUCAAAAGUCUCCCCUCUGUACGACGUCGAGAUCCAGGACAUGGACCUGAACGGCAUGCUGGAGCCGAUGGAGGAGGGCGGUGGGGCGCAGCUCUGCCUGUCGUCCCUGCCCCCAGAAGUGGCCAUGGAGGAGGAGGAGGCUGGAGCAGAGCCGGGGGAGCCGGCCGCGCGGGCACAGGCCGCAGCGGGGGUCGCGCCCGCAGCUCCCAGGCACUGAGCCACACGGCCUGGCUUCCCGAGCGGGCUGGCUUCUUUUUGCCCUGAGCGGGGCUGCGGCCGAGCAGUGGGGCCGGUGGCAGGACUUCUUGCAGCCCGGGCGGGCAGGCGCCGCCGCCGCCGCCACAGCGCCGCCUCCCCCAGCCGUGGAAGGACUGCGGAGGGGCGGGCCACACUGGGGGUGUUCGAGGGCCGGUUGGCUUCGCGGCCCCAGGAGGGAGCCCGAUGGACUGAGCUGGAGGCCAGCGGGGCUCGCAAGUCCCGUGGCCGUGACAUGGCGUGGCCCUCCUGGCCGAUUUCCGCCUCCUCAGCUGGACCAGCUGCCCCAAACCUUACUUGCCUUACUGAGGAUUUGGACCCAGGAAGCCCGAGACACUGGGGCAAGGGGACCGGAGUUUUUAUGUAUUUAUUUUUCCAGAAAAGUUCUUUGUUGCUUUUUUUACGGAUCUGCAGCUGUGCCCAUCGAAGGGGCCUGUUCGCAGUACUGAUGAUGUUAAUAAAAAAGAGACCGAGGCUGGCCUACA